AUCACCUUUCCCUUUGUUCUGGUCUGGGUAUGGGAAUGGCUAUGCUUUUAUCCCCUUUAAAGCCACUGGCCUUCUCCACCUCUGCAUUCUCUCAGGACACAUCAUCGUCUUCGUCUUCAUCUUCAUCUUCGUCUUCAUCUUCGUCUUCGUCAUACCGACCCGCUGUUCUUCUUCCAGGUUUGGGGAACAAUUCAGCUGACUACCAGAAGUUGGAGCUGACUCUGAGAGGGUAUGGAGUGAGCACAGUGGUUGCUAAGGUGUCAAGAAUUGAUUGGCUGAGGAAUGCCGCCGGCUUGGUUGACCCCAAUUACUGGCGAGGAACUCUCAGUCCCCGGCCUGUACUCGACUGGUAUUUAAAGAGGGUGGACGAGGCGGUACAAGAGGCCAAGGAGCUGUCACAAGGUCUUGCUCAACUCUGUCUUACUGCUAUGCAUUACAUGUUAUUAUGUGGGACUUUAUCCCUCGUUGGACACUCAGCAGGAGGAUGGCUUGCGCGUCUUUACAUGGAAGAAUUCGGAUUUUCAGAUAUUUCGUUAUUAUUGACCCUUGGAACCCCCCACCAGCCACCACCAAAAGGCGUGUCAGGGGUCAUUGAUCAAACGAGGGGUCUCCUGGAUUAUGUUAAUAAGCAUUGCUCGAAAGCUGUUUACACUCCCGAACUGAAAUAUGUAUGUAUCGCAGGGAGGUAUAUUCAAGGUGUUCGUUUAUUUGGCAACUCAAACGAAACCAUUGAUUCUGCCCUCCCGAUAGAGGGUGUGGAACCCUCAUCAGAUGUUGCUCUCAUAAAUGAUGCGAAUUUGAGCACUCCAACAUCAACCACAACCACCACCACCUUGCGAGCGCGCUUUGUCGGGCAAGGGUACAAGCAGGUAUGUGGGCAGGCAGAUGUUUGGGGAGACGGGGUUGUACCAGAAGCAUCAGCCCAUCUGGAGGGUGCCCUCAACAUUAGCUUCGACGGUGUUUACCACUCACCAGUUGGUUCAGAUGAUAUGUUGAGACCAUGGUACGGGUCUCCUGCCAUCGUAGAGCAAUGGAUAACUCAUCUCCUUAACUAACGAUUUCUGAGACGGAGAGAGAGUAGAGGGAGGUUGAGAGAGCGGCGUCGACGGUGGCAAACAUCCUUCUUCCUUGUUGUUGGCUUCCUCAUCAGUCAUCACUCUCCAUUCAUUUUAGAGAAGGAAACAACACCAACAAGGGAAUGAGAUAUCAGAAUUUUCGCUUUAGUAAUUUAGUAAAUUUGAUGGUAUGAAAUGAAGUGAUUACAAGUAUGUAGUAUUUUACGAAAUAUUUUAAAGGUUGUAUGAAUUAUAAUGGAUUUUAAAAGAAAUAACAAUGCCAAACAUGGGUAAUAAAAGUAUUAGUUGGGUAA